AUGUGGCUCUGGAUUAUCUUCCCCUUUUCCCUCUCCAUGGUGUCCUUCAUCGGCACAUGGACCAUAUAUGGCAUGGCCUUCUACAGCAAUCAUGUGUGCUCCCUCAGUGACUGGGGGAAUGAAAACGUCUGCAGUGGGAAUCAGUCCAUUGGCUGCUGCUCUAUUCCCACCAUAAGCUCAAGUGGAACCAUGGCACCAGAAAAUUCACUGUUUACAACCGUAAUCAAUGCUGGAGCCUUUCUGUUUCUCCUGUUCUGCAUAUUCCACCAUGCUCACAUCAUGGAGAAACAUGCAUGUUAUUCCAUGAUGAGCAGGAUUGCGUUGGCCUUUGGUGUGGUAGCAGCGCUCGGGGCAUUCGCAGCUGGAAACUGCAACCCAGGUUACCUGUCACUGCUGCACUUCUUCGGAGCUGCCAUCAGUUUCUUGUGUAUCUGCUUCUACAUUACACUACUCACUGACCUGACCAGGAAGUGCACGCUAACAGGAUAUGAGAAGGUUCUUUAUCCUAUACGCGUUGUCUCCACUGUGGUUCAAGUCAUCGUCACCAUCUGCUACACUAUCUUGUUUGUUCAGACGGAGUACUUUUAUAAACAUUUGGCUGCUAUAUUCGAGUGGAUCCUCAGCGUCAACUUGGAGAUGUUUGAGCUCAGCUUUGUCGUGGAGUUCAGCGUUUUCUCGUCCUUCAUGAUUUCAAAUCUGCUGAGCAAGCGAGAGGAAGAAAAGCCUCUGAUGAUACAAAUGUCCUGA